AUGGGCGUGCCGGGACGGCACAGAGGGUGGUCUUGGGCCCCGCUGAUGGGGCCUGCUGGCAGAGACCCGAAUGUCCAGGGCUCCUCGGGCGCCCGUGGGCAGGCGCAGCGGGGUCAACAGGGGACAGCUGAACGGUCUGCAGAGGACCCAGAGCCCCAGCGUAACGAUAAGUGGGGACCUGCUCAUCAUUGGAGCGGCCCCAUCAGAGACCGGCCAGUGUGCCUGAAGGAUCCACCCGAGCCAGGUGGGACGCGCAAAGGCCUGUGGGAGCGGGGGCGGGGGGCGGCCUUUCUGCUCAGAGAAGGGGCUGGGGGGGGGGCCCGCGGGGAGAUCAUGGCAACACCCACUCCUCCCACCCUCCCAGCCGCCCAGAUGCGCAGCCUGCCGGGACGCAGAAGCUGCUUCGGAACGGGAGCCGCGCGCUCCCGUGUGGCCAUUUCUGGGAACGCAGGUCCUGGAAUCUGGCCACCCCAGGCUCAGAACCGGCAGGGAAAGGCCCUGGGGAGAAAGCACCUCCCGUGGGCAGGAGGGGAAAGAACAGGGGAGGUGCCUGGAGCCCUUCGACAGGCCUUCCUCAAACUGGAAGACACCUGA